AUAGCUACUCGUGUACUCGUAGUCGUACAUCUUUACGCGUCGCAAAAUUUUCGAUCUGUUCUUCUGAAACAGCAACUAUUGUAAGGUGUAAGAAUAUGAAGAUCCUGAUUGUCCUGUGCGCCCUUGUGGCAGUAGCCUCGGCAGGUUACAUACGUAGCGGUUGGUCCGGUGGUUCUGGCGGUUGGGGAGGUUAUGGUGGUGGUGGCGGUUGGUCUAGCGGCGGGGGCAGUGGCUGGUCUGGUGGCUAUUCCUCACCCAAAAUCAUCAAAGUGAUUACAUUGGGUGGAGGAGGCGGCGGUUAUGGUGGUGGUGGCUGGAGUAGUGGUGGUGGACAUGGUGGUUGGAGCAGUGGUGGCGGUGGUUGGAAUGGUGGCGGCGGCGGUUGGUGCUAUUGUGGGAGCUUUGAGAUCACGUACAAAUUCGUCUAUAGCUACUCGUGUACUCGUAGUCGUACAUCUUUACGCGUCGCAAAAUUUUCGAUCUGUUCUUUUGCAACAGCAACUAUUGUAAGGUGUGAGAAUAUGAAGAUCCUGAUUGUCCUCUGCGCCCUUGUGGCAGUAGCCUCGGCAGGUUAUAUACGUAGCGGUUGGUCCGGUGGUUCUGGCGGGUGGGGAGGUUAUGGUGGUGGUGGCGGUUGGUCUAGCGGCGGCGGCAGUGGCUGGUCUGGUGGCUAUUCCUCACCCAAAAUUAUCAAAGUGAUUACAGUGAGGGGAGGAGGCGGCGGUUAUGGCGGUGGUGGCUGGAGUGGUGGUGGUGGACAUGGUGGUUGGAGCGGUGGUGGCGGUGGUUGGAAUGGUGGCGGUGGCGGUUGGUGGUAACAUGAAGAUCGAUUCGGCAGCGGUGUUGUACUGAAUUUUCGAGAUUUUGUGUGUUGUGACUUUGUUUUUGUAAAGAAAUUGUAUAUAUUUACAUACUUAUAUUUUUUUUAUCUAAAUAAAAUUUGUUUGGUAAACUAUAAA